GUUCCGGUUGCGGAUUGGUGGAAGGGGGUGGGGGGAGAGUCUGUUUCUCUUUCGCUCCUGGGUCGGGGCGGCAGCGCAGCCAUGGCGCCGCGGGUCCGGUGCGCAUUCCUCUCGGUUGGCCUGCCGCUGCUUCUGCUGCUCGCCCGGUGCGCGGCGGACACGCCGGCCAACUGCACCUUCCAGGACCUGGAGGGCACCUGGGUGUUCCAGGUGAGCGGCGGCCGAGGCGCCCCCGACCGCCGGCUCAACUGCUCGCGAGUGGGGCCUGUUGAGGAAGAAAUCGUGGUUCACCUCCACAAGCUCGACGUGGCUCAGGAUAAUGACGGGAACAGCGGGUUCUUCACAAUAAUUUACAACCAAGGCUUCGAAGUGGUGUUGAACAACUACAAGUGGUUUGCGUUUUUUAAGUAUGAAGAAGAUAAGGAGAAGGUGACCUCCUACUGCAAUGAGACGAUGCCAGGAUGGGUCCACGACGUGUUGGGACAUAACUGGGCAUGCUUCACUGGACACAAGGUCUCUCCUCCAGCCUCUGGUGUUCAUGUAGAUCCACUCCCUGUUCGGCCAACCUAUGGAAGGUAUCUGAAAAGGCCCUAUAUCUCCAGUACUGACUUUGUGAAGGCAAUUAAUGCUGUUCAGAAAUCCUGGACAGCCACAACCUACCCAGAACAUGAACUGCUCACCUUGGAAGAUUUUCACAAGCGAGCCGGAGGAUUGAAGUCCAGAAUACCCAAUAGGCCGAAGCCUGCCCCACUGACCGCUGAGGUGACCAAAGCCGCUUCCUCCCUGCCUACCUCCUGGGACUGGCGAAAUGUUAACGGUGUGAACUAUGUCAGUCCGGUGCGAAACCAAGAGUCCUGCGGAAGUUGCUACGCCUUCGCUUCCAUGGGCAUGAUGGAAGCACGGAUUCGAGUCCUCUCCAACAAUACGCAGACUCCAAUUCUGAGUCCCCAGCAAAUUGUUUCCUGUACGGAGUAUGCUCAAGGUUGCAAUGGAGGAUUCCCCUACCUCAUUGGGAAAUACGCUCAAGAUUUUGGCCUGGCUGAGGAGGCGUGCUUGCCUUACACCGGCACGGAUUCCCCUUGCUCUCUCAAGAAGAACUGUUACCACUACUACUCCUCUGACUACCACUACGUUGGAGGGUUUUACGGUGGAUGCAACGAAGCGCUGAUGAAGCUUGAACUUGUUAAAAACGGACCGUUGGUCGUCAGCUUUGAGGUGCUUCCGGACUUCACUGCUUAUAAAGGUGGGAUCUACCACCACACGGGGCUGAUGGAUCCUUUCAACCCCUUUGAACUGACCAAUCACGCUGUCCUCCUUGUGGGAUAUGGCAGCGACCCGCGUACCGGUGAGCCGUUCUGGAUUGUGAAGAAUAGCUGGGGAGAAGCCUGGGGCGAAGAUGGCUACUUCCGGAUCCGCAGAGGCACAGACGAGUGUGCUAUCGAGAGCAUCGCUGUGGCUGCUUCUCCUAUAACCAAGGUGUAAAGCUUUAGUUGACUCCCUCCUAGGAAGUCGUAUUGCAUCCCCCACCCCCCUAGAAUCAUAA